AAUCAUAUUUAAAUCUGAAAAUGCCGAAUUCGGCUGAACAAAAAUGGCUAUCGCCAUAUCCGCCGUCUCCCUUCCCUCACUCUUUCAGUACAAAAAUUUAAUUAUCGCGCGAAAAAGCCGAAUUCGUUCCUUCUCCAUUCGAUCUUGCAAGGAUGUUUCCGGUGAAGGCGACGGCGGCGGCGAGCCUUUGCAGAAGCCGAAGAGGCUGUCGGAGAAAUCUUCCUGGGAAGCCAAGGACUCCGAGGGCAAGGACUAUCUCUAUAGGCUUGGCAACGAGGCAGAUAAUAUGAACAUCGCCGUCGGAGCUAGAGCUGGCGUCAUCGACGAUCUCUUCGCCGGGAACUUCCUUGGCAGAGACUCGGACAUUGUGUUUGAUUACCGCCAGAAGGUCACUAGAUCGUUCGAGCACCUUCAAGGAGACUAUUACAUUGCCCCUGUUUUCAUGGAUAAAGUUGUAUGCCACAUUGUGAAGAACUUCAUAGUUCACCUUCUCAAUAUCAAAGUUCCCCUUAUCUUAGGUAUUUGGGGAGGAAAGGGUCAAGGAAAGUCAUUUCAGACUGAACUUAUAUUCCAGGCCAUGGGAGUGGAACCCGUGAUAAUGUCCGCUGGUGAAUUAGAAUCAGAAAGAGCUGGUGAACCAGGAAAACUGAUACGUGAACGCUAUAGAACAGCUUCUCAAGUGGUCCAGAAUCAAGGGAAGUUGAGUUGUUUGAUGAUCAAUGACAUUGAUGCUGGCAUUGGUAGAUUUGGGAAUACACAGGUGACAGUCAAUAAUCAAAUUGUUGCUGGAACUCUGAUGAAUCUAGCUGACAACCCUAACAGAGUUAGCAUUGGACAAGAUUGGCGAGAAGCAGAUAUUACAAACAGAAUUCCGAUCAUUCUUACUGGAAAUGAUUUUUCAACUAUUUAUGCUCCCUUAAUUCGUGAUGGCAGGAUGGAAAAAUUCUACUGGCAGCCUAACCGGGAAGACAUAGUGAAUAUUGUUCAUAGAAUGUAUGAGAAGGAUGGGAUAUCCAGGGCUCAGGUCAUUGACAUCGUAAACACGUUUCCUAACCAAGCUUUGGAUUUUUAUGGAGCUCUAAGGUCACGGACAUAUGAUACAUCCAUAUCUAAGUGGGUUGAUGAUAUUGGAGGAAUGGAAAAGCUAGGAGAAAAGCUUCUUAAGAGAAGGAAGAAUGAAGAGCUUCCUACAUUCACACCACCAGAGCAAACAAUGGACACCCUUCUUGAAGCAGGCUAUUCUUUGGUCAAAGAACAGCAAUUUGUCAUGGAGACUAAGCUUUCAAAAGAAUACAUGAAGAACAUGGACGACUAGCUAGAAAAGUGAGAUAGUGACUUAAAUUUUUUUGUGAUAUCUGUUCACAUCACAUUUUUCAUUGAUUGACAAGCGAAUUCAUGUAUUUUUAUUGUCCACGGUAUUCGUUACUUAAUUCUCUUUUUUUAUGAGCACAUCUGAACCAAGCAUUUAUGGUUCACAUCGUUAGUCACUGCAUAAAUAUAUGUUACAUUUAUGACUGCGACCUACUUAAUUUGUCA